AUGGCGUUUGAGGGUCUUCUGGACUCGUUGCUACAAGAAUCGGAUCAGUUGCCAGAGAAGAGUGGAAAACGAUCCUACGAAAAGAAGCUGACGCUGGCACAGCGUCAUUCGAAUAGUGUAAGUUGUUACUUCGGAGUAUUUUGUGUUUAUAAAUCAGAACCUUAUAACUGUCCUUAUCGUGACCGGUCAAUCUGCCUAAAGACAUUGUGCCUAACGGCAGUUUGCCUAAAGACGCAUUGA